CUGUUCCAGAAGUUCAUGUGACCCCACGGAUACAGUCAAAACGGCCUGGGGAGGAUUCCAGCAUGUUCUGUCAUGUCGCAGGAGAACCGUUUCCUACGGUUGAAUGGCUGAAAAAUGACGAGCCACUUAGAGUAGAUAAUCCAAGGAAGUAUCUAGUCAUUGGAAAUGGUACAGCUCUGAAGGUACGAAACAUUGCAUUUGCAGAUACUGGAGCGUACAUGUGCCAAGCUACAAGCAUUGGUGGACUCACCAGGGACAUUAGUUCGCUCGUCGUACAAGAGCAACCAUCACCGAGUGCACCAAAUGAAGAACGAAGAUUUUUUGCGUUCCAUGACUGGGGAGUUUCAAUCUACGAGCCCUCUACAUGUAGAUUGUACCAUCGUAUACAAUCUACGGACAUUAUUCCAGGAACACAGGUGAGCAGUUCUCACAUUUUGUUUACCUCAUAUUAUUAUAUACAGGGUGUAAAGUUAGUAGUGGAUCAACGGAAGUCAGGUGAUAGAAUGUCUUAA